AUGGCGGCGCUGAGCAAAUCCAUCCCCCACAGCUGCUACGAGAUCGGGCACACCUGGCACCCUCACUGCGGGAGGGCCUUCCUGAACAUCACCCAGGGGGCGCUGGGAGAGUCGCUCCGGAUCUAUGGGACCCUCUACCUGAUUGCUGCAAUUCUCCGGAAGCGAAAACUUGACUAUUAUUUGCACAAACUGCUCCCUGAGAUCUUGCAAUCAACGUCCUUUCUGACCGCAAAUGGAAGUCUGUAUAUUGCGUUCUUCUGCAUUCUAAGGCGGAUACUUGGAAAAUUCUAUUUUUGGACUCCUGGUUUUGGAGCUGCUUUACCGGCUUCUUAUGUGGCUAUUCUUAUUGAAAGGAAGAGCAGGAGAGGACUGCUUACAAUUUACAUGGCUAAUUUGGCCACAGAAACGCUAUUUCGCAUGGGGGUGUCAAGAGGAACAAUUACUCCUUUAAGGCACGGAGAAGUCCUUUUGUUCUGCAUCACCGCUGCGCUGUUUAUGUUCUUUUUCAGGUGCAAGGACGGCUUGAAAGGAUUUACAUUCUCGGCACUUAAAUUCAUUGUUGGAAAAGAAGAAAUUCCUACACAUUCGUUUGCACCAGAAGUAACUUUUCUAAGACGGGAGAAAAAAGGAAAACACCACGAAGAAGUAACACAGAGAAUGAACAUAAUUGCCGUAACAAAGAAACUUGUGGACAAUGUAUGUAAGCAUGGGCCGAGGCACAGAUGUUGCAAGCACUAUGAAGAUAACUGCAUCUCUUAUUGCAUUAAAGGCUUCAUUAGGAUGUUCAGCGUCGGUUACCUGAUCCAGUGUUGCCUUCGGAUCCCGUCAGCGUUCCGGCAUCUGUUUACAAAACCUUCCCGGCUGCUCUCGCUCUUCUACAACAAAGAAAACUUCCAGCUCGGGGCUUUUCUGGGGUCAUUUGUCAGUAUAUACAAAGGUACGAGCUGCUUCUUGCGCUGGGUACGGAACUUGGACGACGAACUACAUGCACUUAUUGCUGGAUCCUUGGCAGGGGUUUCGAUGAUGUUUUACAAAAGUACUACUAUCUCCAUGUACCUUGCUUCCAAACUAGUGGAGGCCAUGUAUUUCAAAGGCAUUGAAGCUGGAAAGGUUCCCUAUUUCCCUCAUGCAGACAGUGUCAUCUAUGCUGUAUCCACAGCUAUCUGCUUCCAAGCUGCUGUGAUGGAAAUUCAGAACCUGAGACCUUCAUACUGGAAAUUCCUAUUACGGUUAACAAAGGGCCGGUUCGCCCUGAUGAAUAGAAAAGUUUUAGAUGUAUUUGGUACUGAAGCUUCUAUGCAUUUCAAGGGUUUCAUACCAAAACUUGACCCAAGAUACACCGUUGAGCCUCCAGAGCUACCCGUUGAACUGUCUUGGAAGUGAUGCGUUAGCCUGUGAAUAAAUCUGACCAAUGUCUGUCCUGGAGAGUUAAAUUAAAUGUAACAGUCGAGCAUACGGAAGAAGGCUUGUGUUCUACUUCAGUAUUGUUUCAGUGAAUUGUUUCUUACCAAUCAAAACAUACCGAAG